GGCGCCAACAGCUGCUUUAUUUCUCAGGGAGUUCCUCGCAAUCGAGACCCAAUUAAUAAAUUAAAAGUGAUGUGUAGAAGAUAGCUGUCAUUGCAAUACCAUAAAUGAGUUCUAACUUUGCUACCAGUUCGCGAAAGGUAGUUAAAAGCAUGUAUAAGCAGACGUGCACCAAUCUCCUGGAAUUGUCCUCCGCCAAGGUGACCGAGUGGCUCCAGAGUUUUGAUUCAGUAAUUACUGACUGCGAUGGAGUUCUCUGGAUCUAUGGCCAGGCCCUGGAAGGCUCGGCAGAUGUGAUGAACCAGUUGAAGGCUAUGGGAAAGUCCUUUUACUUUUGCACAAACAACUCGACAAAGACCCGGUCGGAACUUCUGAAGAAAGGCGUAGAGCUGGGCUUCCACAUUAAGGAGAAUGGCAUCAUAUCAACUGCCCACGCUACAGCUGCGUAUCUCAAGCGUCGGAACUUUAAUAAGCGUGUAUAUGUGAUCGGAAGCGAGGGAAUCACAAAGGAACUGGACGCCGUCGGCAUUCAGCACACCCAGGUGGGACCGGAGCCCAUGAAGGGAUCGCUGGCUGAGUUCAUGGCGGAGCAUUUAAAACUGGAUGCGGACAUCGGAGCAGUGGUCGUAGGCUUCGAUGAACACUUCAGUUUCCCCAAGAUGAUGAAGGCUGCCUCUUACCUGAACGAUCCAGAGUGCCUUUUCGUGGCCACCAAUACGGAUGAGCGAUUCCCUAUGCCCAAUAUGAUAGUGCCUGGCAGCGGAAGCUUUGUACGGGCCAUUCAAACUUGUGCCGAACGGGAUCCGGUAGUGAUUGGAAAACCCAAUCCGGCCAUUUGUGAGGCUUUGAUCACAGAGAAGAAGAUCGAUCCUACGCGGACUUUGAUGAUCGGAGAUCGGGCCAAUACGGACAUCCUCCUUGGCUACAAUUGUGGAUUCCAGACUCUGCUUGUGGGUUCCGGCAUUCAUCAGCUGAAGGAUGUGGAACAGUGGAAGCUGAGUAAAAAUCCCGAGGACAAGAAGCUCAUACCAGACGUGUACCUGCCCAAGUUGGGGGAUUUGCUGCCAUCGAUUCUGGACAGCCUGGCAGGGAAGCCAUUUUGAUCUGGGUUACUAAUCAGUAAUCAGUAUGUAGUAUGGACAUGUGUUUGUAUAGUAGUUACAAUCACCGGCAAUAGACAGGAAAAAUUACAAAUACCUAACGAAAAUUUAUAGUACAAUUUAUACCACAGAACAAAAUAUUUAAAUAAAUUCAGAAGCAUUUUGUCAGACGGACGACUUAAUCGA